AUGAAGAUGUUGUUGUUUGGAACAGGAGUCUCCAUUUCUACUUCUUUCGCUUCGUCCUCCUACUGUGUUUCGGCGGAUUCGCUCUUCAACGUUGUUCUCCUCAACCGCCGGCAUAAACCCUUGGGAAAGGUGGGAAAGGCUAGACCAAAAAGGUGGAACAGUAGAACCUUCCUGAAAAAAGGGAAAACGACAACGAGAUUCCCAGCGCUAGUAUACAUGGCAGACAGAGACAUCGAAGAGGAGGGCGAGUCUCCUCGAGCUCGGGCUUCGUGUGCUAAGUCACAAUCUCCAACGGAGCCUUCAUCGAAACCGAUGGACUUGGUACAUGCACGAAGCGAUAAGCCAGCAGCUGAAGCUGCCAGUGAAGAACCAUCCGUUCCCUCACAGCCCGUGUUACCGCCCAAGGCCGGGGUGACGGGUAAUGAGUCCCAAGAGGGUAUGCCGCAGAGAAUCUAUGAGGCCUACUCAAAUAGUAUCUUAUACAAGGAGCGCAACCAUGCCAUUUUCAACAUAGCGACAUUACAACUAUUGCACCUGGUGUAUCUACGACAAGACAUUGGAAAGCGCGGAUUUGGAAUCUUCUCAUCCACCCCAGACAAUACUGAGAAAUCAUUCCGAGCGUUGGCACCAAUAGAAUACCUUCGAGCCUCAAAUUGA